AUGAGCUCCUCUACCACCUCACCCCCACAAGAUCCAGCGUCGCAAGCUGUGCACGCUGACCCGACCCACGCAAGCAAGGAAGAAGGUCCCAAAUACCCAUGGACACUAGCUCCUCCGACCUAUCAACAAGGUAAGCCUUCCACCUGUCUAACCAAUCCCGGAGCACAACCCCCACCCCCCCCCCCCCCCCCCCCACUACGUCUCACUAACUCAAUCCCUCUUUUCUCAGGCCUCGAGGCCCGCGUCCUGACGAACCUCGUCCCCAUUUUCGAACCCUUCUUCUCUACCCUCCAAGACCCACCACGCCCUACGAAAAAGCCCGCGAGGAUCCUCGAACUCGCCUCCGGGAAUGGGACUCACAUUCUUCUUUACGCUCAGAACUUCCCUCCCCACUGUUCGUCGAAGGAGAAGGAGGGGACGAAAUCUGAUGGAAGGAGUAUCAUUUACCAACCUACGGAAUGUGAUACUUUUAAUUGUCGGUUGGUCGAUCAAAAAACGCAAGGGGUGGAUUUGGGGAGCGGGAAGAGGAUUGAGAGGUGUAGGAGGUUGGAUUUGCUCGUGGAGGAGGAUUGGGAGGGAUUGUUAGCGGAUCGUAGGCCCGACGGUGCAAAGGGUGGCGGGGAGAGUGGGGAAGGGUGGGAUUUGGUGUUGGGUCAUAAUUUCAUCCAUAUGGUUCCCUGGUCAGUUCGUCGAACUUGCACGCUGAUCGCAACGAGGGGACUGCAGUGGAAUUGACGGACCGGACGUCUUUGUUGGUGCUCAGUCCACAAGGUCCUACGGCCCUCUUCCAACGCCUCAAGCCGCAGAUGAGACCCUACGGGAAGCUUUUAAUAUACGGACCUAUGAAAUCAGACCAAGGCUACUUUUCCGAAAACGACGAAAAAGUACGUUUUCCUCAAUCUUUCUCCCUUGCCUAAGAAAGACAAGACUGAUCCCCCGAACCUCUCUCUGACCCCAAUAAGUUCGACACCAUGAUUCGUUCCCGCCCCGGAUCGUCCGGGAUUGGUCUUCGAAGUAUUCAUCAUCUCGGUCGUUUGGCGGAAGAGAGCGGGUGGACUUUGGAGAGGGAGAUUGGGGUCGCGAUGGGGAAUUGGGUUUUGGUUUUUAGUGUGAAGGAAUGA